AUGGAUAUUGAGCAGUUUCCUGCCUAUCAGGCGAUUGAUCAUAUUUGCGAUUACUAUUACUCGCUUGAAAAGCAAUCAGUAGUUUCACAAGUAGAACCCGGGUACCUCUCGAAGCUACUCCCAGACCAUCCACCCGCUCAAGGCGAGUCGAUGGAAGCCAUCAGCGCCGACUUUCACAAUCACAUUUUACCGGGUAUCACUCAUUGGCAACAUCCUUCGUUCUUCGCCUACUAUCCAUCCAUUGCCUCGUUCGAGAGUAUCUUGGGCGACCUUUAUGCAGGCAGUAUUUCAAAUCCGGGUUUCAAUUGGGCAUGCAGUCCGGCAUCUACAGAGCUCGAAGCAAUCGUAAUGGACUGGUCUGCGAGGCUUCUCGGUUUGGACGAGAAGUUUCUAACGGCAUCGGGCAAAGGCGGAGGUGUUUUGCAGACAACUGCAUCAGAUGCUGCUCUACUUGCGACAGUAGUUGCACGUACAAACUACACAAAACUUCAUCCAGGUGUGGCAAUGGAGAAACUUGUCAUCUACGGUACUACGCAAACACAUUCCCUUGGAGCCAAGGCUGCUCUUAUCUUGGGUGUCCACUUUCGUGCGUUAGAGGUCAAAGCAGAAGACAACUUUUCGCUUCGUGGGUCAACUCUCCAAGCCGCACUCGAUGAAGACCGAGAGAAGGGACUUCAUCCAUAUAUCUUGAUUGCCACUGUCGGAACUACAUCGUCUGGAGCUGUGGACAAUAUCGAUGAGAUUGGAGGCGUUUUGACCGCCGAACCGUCUAUCUGGCUUCACGUUGAUGCCGCAUGGGCAGGCGUUGCAUUCGCACUCCCAGAAUAUCGCCAAACCGGUCGCCUUGACGCGAUUAACAAGUACGCUCACUCCUUUUGUACCAACUUUCACAAGUGGGGACUCGUGGCAUUUGAUUGCUCCACAUUCUGGGUAAAGGACCGUGUCCUCCUCACUGAUUCCCUAGAUGUGACGCCAGAGUUCCUGCGAACGCAUCAUGGUGACUCUGGCAUGGUCAUAGAUUAUCGUAAUUGGCAUCUCUCUCUUGGCCGAAAGUUCCGUUCACUCAAGCUCUGGUUUGUACUUCGAGCGUUUGGAGUCGAAGGCUUCCGAAAGCACCUCCGAAAUGGUAUUGAUAAUGCCAACGCGCUUGCAGAGCGCGUCAAGCAGUCAGACGUCUUCGAACUGGCCACCCCGCCGACGCUUUCACUGGUCGUAUUCCGAAUAGCCCCUCAAGCUCUCGUUGGCAAGAAAACGCCAAGUGAUACCUCCAUAGGUGCCGAGUUGAAUACUCUAAACCUCAAGCUACAUGAAAAGACCACAUCUGACCUCUUUCUAACGAGGACAGACCUUGGGGGUGAUAUUUGCCUAAGGAUGUCAGUUGGAGGAUUAAGGACGGAGAAGAGACAUGUAUUACAUGCAUUCGACGUGUUGGAGAAGGCGGCAAAGGACAUAUUGAAAGACAGUUCGACGUAG